AUGUUAGGGUACCGGAGGGAGACUCACAGAGGGCCUGGGGUACAGAACGUGGGCUCCCCUCCAAAGGAGCAGCGUCCUAUCCAGCCCUCUUUCACCAAGUCCCUCUGCCGUGAGUCCCACUGGAAGUGCCUGCUGCUCUCCCUGCUCAUGUACGGCUGCCUGGGGGCCGUGGCCUGGUGCCACGUCACCACAGUGACCCGCCUCACCUUCAGCAGCGCCUAUCAGGGCAACAGCCUCAUGUACCAUGACAGCCCCUGCUCCAACGGCUAUGUCUACAUCCCCCUGGCCUUCCUGCUCAUGCUGUAUGCGGUCUAUCUGGUGGAGUGCUGGCACUGCCAAGCCCGCCAUGAGCUGCAGCACCGUGUUGAUGUAAGCAGUGUUCGGGAGCGUGUGGGCCGAAUGCAGCAGGCCACACCUUGCAUCUGGUGGAAGGCCAUCAGCUACCACUAUGUCCGCCGCACCCGCCAGGUCACCCGAUACCGCAACGGAGAUGCCUACACCACCACCCAGGUCUAUCACGAGCGCGUCAACACGCACGUGGCCGAGGCCGAGUUCGACUACGCGCGCUGCGGCGUUCGCGACGUAUCCAAGGCGCUCGUGGGUCUGGAGGGCGCGCCAGCCACGCGGCUGCGCUUCACCAAGUGCUUCAGCUUCGCCAGCGUGGAGGCCGAGAACGCGUAUCUGUGCCAGCGCGCGCGCUUCUUCGCCGAGAACGAGGGCCUGGAUGACUACAUGGAGGCGCGCGAGGGCAUGCACCUCAAGAACGUGGACUUCCGCGAGUUCAUGGUGGCCUUCCCGGACCCGGCCAGGCCGCCGUGGUACGCCUGCUCCUCGGCCUUCUGGGCUGCGGCGCUGCUGACGCUGUCGUGGCCGCUGCGCGUGCUGGCUGAGUACCGCACGGCCUACGCGCACUACCACGUGGAGAAGCUCUUCGGCCUGGAGGGCCCGGGCUCCGCCAGCAGCGCGGGCGGCGGCCUGAGCCCCAGCGACGAGCUGCUCUGCCCCACGGAGCAGACGCGGCUGUCGAGCCAGGCCAGCAUGGGGGACGACGAGGACGACGACGAGGAGGAGGCCGGGCCGCCCCCGCCCUACCACGACGCCCUCUACUUCCCGGUCCUCAUAGUGCACCGGCAGGAGGGGUGCCUGGGCCACAGCCACCGGCCUCUGCACCGCCACGGCUCCUGCGUGGAGACCUCACUGUGACCAGUGGCUCGCGGCAGCCCCCCUGUCCUCCCUCCUGCCCCUUGCCGGACCGUGCUCCCCGCCUGUAGCAGGGCGGGGGUCACGGGGAUGACGUAGGCGGUGCUGAGCACGGAGGGGGUUUGAGGGAGGCGAGGGGGAGCCGGACAGGCCCCGUGGGGCUGAGACCCCCGCCUUCCCUGUACAUAAAGAGACAUGGGUGGGAGGGGGCUUGGCAGUUCCUGGAGAACCCCACCGGGGCAGAGCCGCCUCAGCUCCUGAGUUUCUAAGGGGACCCCUUCCCUUCCUACACGCACACUCGAGAUUUCCCGUUCAGCCUUCCAACGGGUCUUCUGACUGUUACGUGCGACUGUGCUGUGGGACCCGCGUUGGGCUUCGUCUCGAGUGAGAGGCUUUUGCGGUGCAGCUGGGGAGGUUCAGAAGCUGUGGGGAAGGGAAAUUGGGGCUUUCCUUCUUCCUCUGCCUGGCUCCCCAGGGCCUCUCUCUACUGAGGGGGCGGUGGUUUGGUGAACAGCAGGGCUGGCUUCCAACCAGCUAAUGAAUUCAGUGGGUAUGAGGCUGGGGCCAGGUGUCAGCCCCCCAAUCUCAAAACCAGUACUCCAUCUCCAAACCGUGGACGUGUUGGAGAGUACCCCGAAGAUGGGGGUUUCCUUUCUGCCACUCCCACCACUGUUGUUUAUUUCACUGGUCCCCUGGAGCCUGGGUCCCAGAGAGACUGCUUACCACACAGACAUCACCCUCCUCCCUCCCUCCUGCUCCUGGCUCUGAAGAGCUGUUGCCAGUGGGGCGGGGCAGGGCAGUGUAUCUCAGUCCUUUCUCAGUCCUCUGGGCAGCAGCCUCCUUGCCUGGGUUCUGGGAGGGCACCCCCUUCAGAGAGGGUGAGAUCCCACCCGAUCCGCAUUCCUUAAAGCUGGCCAAGGUGAAUGACUGAGUGGGGAGAUUGAGAGACCUGAGUGACAGUGCGGGGCCCUGGAAGCAGAUGGGAGACAGAGGAGAGGGCAGUGGAAGGUGGAGUGAGAGGACCUGCAAAGGAGGGGGGCAGCCCACACACAUUGCCUCUGCAGUGCUGAGGACAUUGUCACAAGUUGCAGUUGGAGAAAAACUCAAUUCCAGUGGCAGGGUCAGAGUCAGGAAUUCUCUAAAUCUUGCUCACCCCUUCAUCCUACCCUAUCCUGAAGAAGCCCUGCUGUGUCCCCCAGGGUCUUCAAAGGGGCACCCUGCCACCACCACAGCGCCCUGGCCCCACAUCCUGUUCCCUGGAAGUUCUGACCAUCACCUUCACUCCCCACCACUCCCACCCUGAUGUGCUUCAGUGUGCAUGUCUGUGUGCAACCCUGCCCCCCUUCCAACUCGCCCGGCUAAAGUUUUCCCAGCAGACUUAGUGCCUAGGGAUUGAGCUCAUAUUUUAAGCUGGAGAGCGUAACCCUUGGGAAGCCUGACAUUGCUCACCCCUGAUGCUUCUCACUUCUCCUGAGCCAUCAGAGGUCCUUCUUUGCCUCCUGCAGUCUCUCCUAUCUUCCUCCAGUCAAGCGAGGCCUGUGCCUGCAAAGGGCACGGCCUCCACCUAUGCAACAUCUCUGGCUCCCCUGCCCUCCUUUCCUGGGGGCAACUUGGGAGGCACAGAUUGUGGGGACCAUUGUGGUUGAGCUUUAUUUUCCUGUGGUGAUGGCUGAAUGGGAAGGGAGAGGAGGCCGGAGAAGGGCAGGCUUGGGCAGGAGGGAACAACUGCCCAUUAUGAUUCCCUGGGCAGCAGUGCCUACCUGCCUGCCAGCACUGAGCCUGCCUGGACCCUGAGUCUGUGCUCCUCGGGGGCCUGGCGGUUGGAGCACCCCUCUGUCCUCUGAGCAGGCAUCUGUGAGGUACAGAUGGUGAGCUGUGGCCUCAGGCCCCAGUUCUUGGCCAGCUGGCAGGUCUUGCCCUUGUGUGGGGGCAGCCUGGCCACCUCCUGGCUCCGAGGAGGGAGGAACUCAGCUCUUCCUCCCUCAGGCUCAUUUCUGAGACAGAGCCUGAGCUGGGAGGAAGUAAAGGGGGGCCCUAUUAUUACUUUUGUCUGUAUUGACCAUUUCUGCCUAGGUCUUCUCACACAGACAGCCUCACCUCCCACACACGCACAGACUUAGAAACCAAUUCUUUUGUCUAUUUUCUUGGUAGCUUUAUUGAUUGCCAGGGAAAAGGAAAACCAGAAAAUUAAUUAAUCUCUAAAAUUAAACUUUACACUGAA